UCACUCCUUGGCACCACUGUAAAAAUGUUUUUAACCUCACAAAACGUACAAUCACUAAAUUUCUUUUUCCUAAGCUGACUCUUCUUGUUAGUGUUACUUGUUUUAUUAAUUUAUUUACUUGUAAUCGAAAAAGGAUUUCACCGCCGUCAAAAUGGCCAAACGUACAAAGAAAGUAGGAAUUGUAGGUAAAUAUGGUACCCGAUAUGGUGCCUCGCUACGUAAGAUGGUGAAGAAAAUUGAAAUCACCCAGCACAGCAAAUAUACCUGUUCGUUCUGUGGAAAAGAAUCCAUGAAGAGAGCUUGUGUAGGAAUUUGGUCAUGCAAAAGGUGUAGACGAACUGUAGCAGGUGGAGCUUAUGUAUAUUCUACAACCGCUGCAACUACUGUACGAUCCGCAAUCAGACGUUUGAGGGAAGUGAACGACUUGUAAUUUCCAACAUUUGAUUAUUAUCUAAUAUAAGGACAUUAAAAAAAAAAAUUGUUAAUUUUUUUCCUUAUCCUUUUAAAUGAAUUUGUAUAAACUAUUUGCAAUCCUUAUAUUCUCUUUAUAAUCUCUUUAUUAAGUUAGCUGUUGACAUUAAUAUAAUAUGGACAGAUAAAACAUUUAAAUGGGUAAAUAAAUGCUCAUCAAAAAUGA